GAAGAAGAAGAAGAAGAAGAAGAAGAAGAAGAAGAAGUAAAAACAAUAACGCAUAGGUCUUUGGUGCACUUUUUUUUAUUUCCUGCGUGUUUUGUUCCACCUCCAAAACAAAUAAAAUAAGCGAAAAAAUGGAAGGCAGGGAAUGCUGCGUGAAGAAUUGUGACAAUAGUUCCCACGACCACUGUGGCAGGAUGCUCCCGAUCGGCCUGAGCUUCCACUGCUUCCCUGCGUGGAGGACGAAGGAAGGCUCCCUCAUAUCGGAGCUGACGAGGCGGCGGAGGGCCGCCUGGGUGGCCGCCGUGGGCCGCAGAGACAUCACCUUCGACUGCAUCCCGUCCUCCAUGAGAGUCUGCUCCAGACACUUUGUCUCCGGAAAACCAGCUUAUGAGAUGCUGGACUCGGAUCCUGACUGGGUUCCAUCUCUACACCUGGGUCACAAUGUCGAUGACGAUGAAGGCGAAGGAAAGUCCAGGACGAAAAGACGAAAGCUGCUUUCUGGGGAGACCCCAGCAGAAGCAGACGGGGUUGCUGAAGUCAGGAAACCUGCGCCGCCUCCUUGGAAGGAGGUGAAAUCCGCUCUGCAGUGUCUCCUUCAGAGCAAAGCCGCCGUCACUCAGCAGUCCGCAGACGGAGCGCAGAACCGAGCUGCUGGGAGGAGGACCGACGCCAGCUUCCGGGACUUCUUCAGGAACGCUCUGGAGUCGUCUCUGGAGGCCUCCAUCCAGUCCAGAGCUCGCUCCAGGGCUCAGUCAUCGUCCGCAGAGUUCGAAGUGAAGCUGAACUUCAAGCUUCCGCCUCCCGACGGAGAACCGGCGACCGGCGCAGACGACUUCUCCUUCUCCUCCUCCGGCUGUGCCAACUGCUCCCGGAUGCUCGGGAGGAUUGCGGAGCUGGAGCACAAGCUGUUUGAGCUCAACGCCAGGCAGCAGCAUGCUAAUGGCGACGGGACCGGGACCGGACCGGACCAGCGCCGACACGGUUCUGAGCGGGACCAGAACACGUAUGAGUUGACGGGUCGUGUUCAACGGGUCGAGCUCCAGGACAUCAGCAGUGACAGCGAGCCGGACUCUGAAGCCGCUCCCUUCAGCUCUGAAUCGUCCUCCUCCUCCUCCGACUCAGACUGCGCUCCCUCCACCUCCCGCCCUCCUCCUCCUCCUCGUCCUCGUCUCCUCUUCAGGAGCGAGUGGCUGGAGGACUUCUCCUUCCUCCGGUACUCCCCCUCCCUCAACCUCAUGUGGUGCCACGUGUGCCGCGUUCACGCCGACCCAAUUCACAGGAAUUGGCGUCUGAUCAGAGGCUCGAAUCAUUUCACUAAGAAAGCCAUCAUGAAGCACUCGAGCUCUUCUUACCAUCAGCAGAACGUGAAACGCUUCCUGUGGAGCAGCGGGAAUCUGCCGGGCAAUCCGUCGGAUCGGAGAUCCACCUGCUGAGGUUCUGAGCUCGGGUUGGAGUCAUAAUGUUCACCAGGAUCGCUCCGAUUAGGAUUUGAUCAGAGCAAAGGAAGUCGUUUUGUUCUCUGCCUGUGAAGAAGCCGGUUAAGACCUGGUCGGAGUUUUCUGCAGUGCUGAGAGAUCGGACCAAUCAGAGGAGACAGCUUGGUUCCUGAGAUCCACUUUCAGAGUGACGGAGCAUUUUAAAGGAUCACCUUGAUGGAGAACCUCGUCAGUCGCUCAUCUUCAUCAUCGGCUGCACCUUCAGCACCAAGCGGUCCAUCUGGGUUUGAUUGUUGUAUAACCGUCUGCAAAGACUUUUUAUUUUUUACUAAUUAAAAUCUGACCUGCGCACAUAA